UUCAAGCGUCCUGUGCCGCGCACAGCUUUCAAAUUAAUCAAGGACGACAGUGAUGCGAGUAACAGGAGAAUAAUGAAAUUUCACAUAUAAGUUCUCAAAAACAGACACUGGAACUUAUUCCCUUAACUGGAGUCUCACACACGUGUCCUUAAUAGUACAGAGGCUUUAGUGUGGAUCUCUGUAUAUCUGUGCCUCGAAAUGGCAGAAGCAAGGAUUCCUGUGGAGCAGUUGACAUGUCCGGUGUGUCUGGAUCUAUUGAACGAUCCUGUGACUAUUCCCUGUGGACACAGUUACUGUAUGAGCUGUAUUAACGACUGCUGGGAUUGGACGAGAGUCUACAGCUGCCCUCACUGCAGAAGGGUCUUCACUCCCAGACCUGAUUUAGGUAAAAACAUCAUUCUGACUGAAAUGAUAGAAAAACUGAAGCAGAUUCAGGUCCAGGCCGCUGAUCCCACUCAUUCUUAUGCUGGAGUUGUAGAUGUGUGUGACAUGUGCAUCGGAAGAAAAGAUAAAGCUGUCAAGUCCUGUCUGAUGUGUUUGAAAUCUUACUGUCAUGCUCAUUUUGAACAUCAUAAAAUGGUUUACUCGGGUAAAGCACACGAGGUGAUUGAUGCCACUAGACUUCAGGAGAACAUCUGUCGUCAACAUAACAAACAGCUGGACGUCUUCUGUCGUACUGACCAGCAGCUUAUAUGUUCUCUUUGUACAAGAGAUGAGCAUAAAAAACACGAUACUGUACCGGCUGUAGCAGAGAGGACAGAGAAACAGAGAUUCCAGUCUUUCUCUGGCCCUGACAUACCUGUGGAAAUAUCUGACUUGACUUCACUCUUCUCUGAUGAGGAUGUGGGAAAACUGUUAAAAGUACUACAGUUAAAGUCCAAGACAGUGCCACGACCCAGGCCAUCCUCAGUGGCGUUUCAGUCAAGUGCCUACACACCUGCAACAUCGAAGCCACAGGUCUGGCCCCCCACACCACCAAAGCCACGACCCAGGCCCUCCUCAAUAGCAUUAAAUACAUGAGCCUCAACAUUACCGAAAUC